AUGGGUAUCGAAUCAGUAAACUCAUCAGUAAAGGUUCUAGGGCUGCAUUGGCACCCUAAGAAGGACACAUUGUCCUACAAUGUGAAUCUAGCAAAAAAUCCAAGCUGCACCAAGAGGCAAGUGCUGUCGGAUGUGUCACGCAUAUUCGACCCUCUCGGUCUAUUAGCACCAACCGUAGUUCAAUUCAAAAUACUAUUUCAAAAACUGUGGCUGUUGAAUUUGAAUUGGGACGACGAACUUCCGAAAAAGUUAACCGACAAGUGGCUCAAAUGGCGAGCAGAUUUAGAAAACCUACCACAACUCCAGAUACCACGCUUGGUCGAGAGCGACACCGACAAGAUCGAAUUGCACGGAUUUUCAGACGCAUCCACGAAAGCAUACUCAGCCGUAGUGUACAGCCGAAUGGUUAAGGACGAUGGAACCAUUUCGGUAGCCAUACUUGCAGCAAAGACAAGGGUGGCACCUUUAAAACAACAAUCUCUGCCACGCCUGGAACUGUGCGGUUCAUUUCUUCUGAGCCAACUUUUGCAAUCCAUCAAGGCUGGAUUAAAGCACAAGGAUUUGACUAUCUAUGCAUGGAGCGACUGCACAAUAGUCCUAUCAUGGCUAGCGUACUCACCAGCCCAACUAAAGAUGUUUGUUGGGAACCGCACCGCCGAGAUCUUGGAAACCAUACCUAAGCAUGCAUGGCGGCACGUGGACUCAAAAUCGAACCCAGCGGAUUGUGCGUCCCGAGGCUUGGGCGUAUCCGAGCUCAUUGACUUCCAAUUGUGGUGGAAGGGUCCGUCAUGGCUGAGGGACCAGGAUCAAUUUUUGGUAAAGUUGAACAAUUCACACAACUGUUCUUCACUUUCAGACAAACGCAUACAAAGUGAGAUCAAAGCUAACUGCCUUGCUGCGCAGGUAAUUGUCACAACGGACAAUCCUUUGGAUAAGCUUCUAAAUCGCAACUCAUCUUGGCUGAAGCUUAUACACACGCUCGGUUAUGUUUUGCGAUUCAUUCAUCGCAUGAAACACCCGUCUUCAAAACGAACAUCAACUGCUCUCACCUUUGACGAGAUCAAGUCGGCCAGAAUUCGAUGGCUGCAACACGCUCAAGCUGGUUUUCAACAGGACUUCCAGCUACUACUCGCUAACAAGCCUCUAGGAAACCAAUCAAAAUUGGUAAAUUUCUCACCGUUCAUCGACAAGGACAAUCUGCUCAGAAACAUGAGAACCGAGUCAACCUGCAUCCUGGAGUCUCAUCUCUCUUCGUCAUUGUCCGGCAACGAUAUUGGAUUUUCGGCGCACGGAACCUGA